CAAGUUCACAUUUACAAUAGGUCAGUUUGCAAACGAGAUAGACAGAUUUGAUUUUCAAUUGAGGCUCGAAACUUUUAGACAACAACAGCAACAACAACAACACUGUAAUAGUUUGGUUUGCAUACGCAUACACUGCAAAAAAUCCAAAACAUUAUUUCUAUACAAACGUCAAUUCUCAUACGAAUGCCGUCUUUUUCAUUUCGUCUGAUGUGGCCUUUCGUAUCGACACUACCCAUCAUAAACACCGAACAACACUCACACAUUCGCUAUGAUUCAUUUUUUUUUUGAAUUACGUAUUGGCAAGAAAAUAGAAUUUCAUCUUCAGUCAAAAAAAAUUCAGUGAUAAAGAUAGUCGGCCGUAUUUCAUUGGGUCUCAUAUAACUUAUAUUCAACUAUUUAUUUUGUUGUGUUUUCUCUUCGACUUCAUUUUUCGAUCAACAAUCGUAAUUUAUUCUCAUAUAAUUUAGGAAACUAGAAAUUGAUCAGCGAAAAUGAGUUUGGUCUGGACAAUAAUCGCCACAUUUUUGUACGUUGAAAUUGCCGUUGUGCUUCUAUUGGUAUUGCCAAUAGCAUCACCACAACGAUGGAAUCGAUUCUUCAAGUCACAGUUUCUGGCGAUGAUAAGUCGACAGGCGAACAUCUAUUUCGUCUUGUUGUUUGGUAUCUUGGUGUUGUUUCUUUUGGAAGCCAUCCGUGAGAUGCGCAAAUAUUCACAUCAUGAAAACGGCACCGAACACUUGAAUGUUGAAUUACAGCAUAGCAUGCGUUUGUUCCGUGCACAGCGUAACUUUUACAUUUCGGGCUUUUCGAUUUUCUUGACAUUGGUCAUUCGUCGUUUGGUCAUCUUGAUUUCGUCACAAGCACAAUUGUUAGCACAAUCCGAAGCAUCGAUGCGACAAGCACAAAGUGCAACUACCGCCGCUCGUUCCCUGUUGUCGCAACAGAAAUCCGAUGACAAAUCGGCUGACAGCAAAAAGAGUGACUCAAAACCUGAUGAAUUGAUUGGCGAAUUGAAGCAGAAAAUUUCGGAUUUGAACAAAGAAUUGGAACGUGAACGAAAAGACAAAGAGGCAUUGAAAUCACAAGCAACCGGUUUAGAGAAGGAAUACGAUCGGCUCACCGAAGAGUACAGCAAACUCGAACGUCGAUUGACUGUAUCGGGCGGUGGCAAAGAUGACUAGGCGAUCUAACAAAUUCUCUCGGUUUUUACCAAUCCAUUAAUUCUCAACACAUGAAAAACAACAAAACGUUGAAAAAAAAAUAAAAUUAUUAUUAAACUUCCUUUUAUUCUUCAAAAAUGUUGAACGUAUGAAAUUGUUAAACGAUUAAGCAUCAUUGGUUCAUACUUUUGUACGAAACAUAUUUCUAUCGAGAUGGCAUUUAAAUCAGGGUUUGGUUUCUCUUAAAGAUGAGGUUGAAUGUUUUCUGUCCAAAUAUUACACUAAUAGAGUAAUGAAUAAAAAUAUCAGAAAAAAAAAUUCUAAAAAUAAAAA